AUCAUCCAUCGGGAUUAAGGAUAAGAUAGUUUGUUACUGAAAGAGAGAAAGAGAGAGGGUAGCGGCCAUGACCGGAAAGGCAAAGCCCAAGAAGCACACGGCGAAAGAGAUAGCCGCGAAGAUUGAUGCGGCCACCACCAACAGAGGCGGCGGAAAGGCCGGGCAGGUAAACCGCUCUGGGCUGGACAAGGGUGGCCACGCCAAAUUCGAAUGUCCUCAUUGUAAGACUACUGCUCCUGAUGCCAAAUCUAUGCAGAUACAUCACGAUGCUAAGCACCCAAAGAUCCCCUACGACGAGGCCAAGCUCAUCAACUUGCAUGCCACCCAUGAGGCCGAACCCUCUAAGCCUCGUCCUGGGGUCCGCGGUAGCCACAAGAAGUAGAACCCCUCUUUUUUUUUAAAAAAAAAUCUUUUUAAUCUCUUCCUUCUCACCCUUUUAUUUAGCAACUUAGGAGUUGUUGUGGGAAGGGUAGAACCCUCAGCAACUUUUUCUGUUGAGACUACUUAUAUGAGGUGAGGAGGAGGGUUUAUUGAUGUUCUGCUAAAGCUACAAAGACUUAAAAGCUAAAGCUUGCUAAUGUGUUUCCUUGCAUAUGUAUUAUGUAGCUAUCUUGAUGUUGUGAACUUCUUGGGUAGGCAUCAAAUCUCUAUAUAUCAGUGUGCUUGUGGAUA